AAGUUUAAACUGGCAGUUCGCUGUCGAACAAAAAGGGGCCUGAGCUGACGAGUGUUGACAAAUAUCAGUUCUAGCUUAAACAAGAAACAUGUGUUUCUAGUCGCUGUGUGUGUAUCUUCAGCCAUCAUGUGUCUACCUCCAGAAAAGGCUUCCGAGUUGAAGCAGAUAAUACACAACCAUCUACUCAAGAUGGACAUCCAUGGGAAGAUCCGGGAGGUGCUGGCAGAGACUGUAAAAGAUGAUCAAGGCUCAUCGCAUCAACCUCUGUCUGAGGCCGACUUUGUCCGUGCUCUUCAACGCAGGGGCAUCAUUGACAACGUGAUGAAGGACCUCCACUUCACCCAGGAAACUGCUACAAAUAUUGGGCCAGAAUCUCCUCCCAAGCCUGCUGCUCAUUACGCUGACCAAGAUAGUACUCAUAUUAAAAAAACUAAUAUUGAUCCAUCGAGGCGAUACCUUUAUCUUCAAGUGCUUGGAGGUAAGGCCUUUCUAGAGCACCUCCAGGAAUCAGAGCCUUUACCUGGUCAGGUGUGUUCUACGUUUACACUCUACCUGCACUUCCGCAACCAGAGGUUUCGCUCCAAACCGGUUCCUUGUGCCUGUGAACCCGACCUGAAGGAGGGCUUCCUUCUAGAGAUCCACAGGGAUGGCUUUGGAGAUGGCAGUAAGAUGGUGGAUGCAACAACCAUGCUGUCUAUGUGUGACCCAGUUCACAUGGUGCUGAUCAAGACGGACACUUCCAGUGAAACAACACUGGUCUCGUCUUACUUUCUGGACUGGAGGACAGUCCUCAGCUCGCCCAGCUGCAAGACGUGCUUUGCUGUGGAACUGAUGGGAGUCGGAAGUGAAAGUAAAAUCCCAGCAGGUGUUCUGACUGUCAGUCUGGAGCUCUUCCCUCCUCUUCCAGAGACGUUGAACACUGAUAUCAUCAGCACACAGCAAUCACUGGAGAGGCAGAGGACAGCGGAGAAGGAGAGGCUUUUCUUGGUAUAUGCCAAACAGUGGUGGAGAGAGUUCCUGGAGAUUCGAUCGUCUCACCAAUCCAAACUGGUCAAGAUCUUCGCCCAGGAUGAGAAUGGUGUGAACAGGCCGGUGUGUUCCUAUGUGCGUGUCCUUCGGGCUGGCCGCCUGCUGGAGAGCCCUCGGCAGGCCGCCCGAUUCAUCAGCCUGCUGGCCCAUGAAAGGGCUCCAGUGGUGGGAGGAGGGGGCAAGCAGGAACAGUGGUGCACAUUAAUGGCUUUCCUGUGUAGAGGCAAGGGAGACUGUGAGGACCAUGCUAUUCUGCUCUGCAGCCUCCUGUUGGGCUUCGGGCUGGAUGCAUAUGUGUGUGUGGGCACCAAGGCCAAGGGUGGUCCACACGCCUGGGUCCUGACACGUGGUACUGAUGGAAGCAUCACUUUCUGGGAGAGUUUGACAGCACACAGAUAUCUGCACCAGCCCAUUGAUCCAGAUGCUCCACCUCUGGCCCUGCAACCAAAAUCCUCGUCUCCCUACCAGACCGUGGGCUGCGUCUUUAACCACCAGACCUUCCUGGCCAACUGCCAGCCUUCUGAUGCUGUGGAGCUUUGUGUCUUUGACCUCCAGAAUCAGUCACACUGGAAGGCGAUGAGCGAAGAAGCUCUGAAGUCUGUCUGUGCCCCAGGCUCCACCACCUCUUUACCCCCUCUGCCUCCUCUUUGUGCCCCAUCUCUGGAUCCUGCUGUGGUCAGCAACCGUUUGGAGCUGGAGAUGCGCUUGCUUGUGUUGGAACACAGAAAGGAUCUUGAUCUGGCAACAGUGUGGGACGACCACCUCUCUUACCUGCUGUCCUCCGCCCUGUCGGCCUAUGAAAUGGAGCGUUGUACAGGCGUCUCCUGUGGCAACGAAGAGUUCCAAGACGCAGUGAGGAGGGCCGUACCGGACGGACACACCUUCAAAGGGUUCCCCAUUCACUUCCUGCACUGCAAUGCUCGCAGAGCCUUUGCCACCUGCCUCAGGUCUCCAUUCUGUGAGGAGAUAGUAUGUUGUCGUGGCGACCAUGUGAGGCUGGCUGUUCGCGUCCGGGUGUUUGUGUAUCCUGAGAACGCAUGCGCAGUGUGGAUGAUGUUUGCCUGUAAAUACCGUUCUGUACUCUGACCUACAGACAGAUGAUACAUUAAACUAAAGCCUUAUGUUGCACAUGGACCACAGGGAAUUUUGUUAAAUCCCUAGAAUGACCACAACGACUUGAUGGCCCACAGAGCACAUGGGUCCACAAGAAAACUGAACUAAUAUGGAAUAAAGUUAAGGAAGGAUUUUGCUCUGACCUUUAUUUUGUAUAUCACUAAAAUCUUCAUGAGUAAAAACUUUUUGUGCUAUUUGUUUUUGCAAAUAAACUGACAUUUUUCGAA